UGAAAAWUUGGGUAAAAUGAUUCCAUUUUAAAUAAUAAUUUUAUUAUAGAAGUCAAACAGUACUAGUUAUGUGGACUAGACCAGAAGAAGUGUUACUAGCUAAUGCCUUAUGGGCAACGGAAAGAGCGAAUCCAUACUUUGUACUUCAACGAAGGAAAGGCCAUGGUGGUGGAGGAUUGACAUCGUUGUUAAUAGGAACUUUGGACAAUGUUCUUGAUUCUAAACCUUUACCAUUUCGUAUUCUUCUUCAGCUACCAAACUCAGAUGUUAGCUACGUUAUUUCCCAUGGCUCCUCAUUUAAAGAAAUUGAAUCAGACUGGGACUGGUUGACAAAAUAUCUUAUUGAGACAUUAGAAAAUAUUGAUAGUGAAGAUGAUAUAAGAGAUUUUGUKCGAGCAAAGAUUGAGAGCCUGGUAUGCAAUGUUGAAGCUGACUGUGAGCAGACUUUUGUCCAAGAUACUGAAACAGCAAAGUUCAAAUCUGCAACAAAGAGAUUUCACAGGCUGUUUAAACUUCAAGAGAAUGAAAAGCUUGUGAAUUAUUAUUCAUGUAGCUACUGGAAGGGGCGUGUUCCUCGGCAAGGCUGGUUAUACUUGUCUGUCAAUCAUGUYUGUUUUUACUCAUUUCUUAUGGGGAAAGAAGCAAGAUUAGUCAUACAGUGGACAGAUGUCACUUCUCUUGAGAGAACAAAUAGCGUACUGUUAGCUGAUGGUAUCAAAGUGACAACAAGAGACGGAGAGUUUUGCUUUUCACUGUUGAUGCAUCCAUCAGAGACAUUUGGACUCAUGGAACAAUUGGCAAAUCUUGCUAUGAGACAUUUAUUACUGAAUGAAGGUUACGAAGAGUCUGUUGCCUUGCCAACACUCACCAGAUCGCUGCCUGAACAUCCUGCUUUUCAGUCAGAUGUUGGGAUUGGUGCAUUAAGACGAGUUCUUACAGCAUAUGCAUGGAGGAACCCUAGUAUAGGGUACUGUCAAGCUAUGAACAUUGUUGCAUCUGUUCUACUGCUGUACUGUACGGAAGAGCAAGCCUUUUGGCUGCUCGUUGCUGUCUGUGAACGACUUCUACCAGACUACUACAACACAAAGGUGGUAGGAGCUCUCGUAGAUCAAGGUGUAUUUGAGGAUCUAACAAGACUUCAUCUACCAGAGCUUUACGAUCACUUAAAGGACCUUGGGAUACUGAACAUGAUCUCCUUAUCGUGGUUUCUGACCCUUUUUCUCAGUGUUAUGCCGUUUGCCUCAGCUGUCAACAUUAUGGACUGUUUCUUUUAUGACGGAGUUAAGGUUUUAUUUCAAAUCGCCCUGGCAACGCUUGAAGCAAACAAAACGCAACUCCUAGCCGUGGAGGAUGACGGGGAGGCUAUGACUAUAUUAGGAGCAUACCUUGACCACGUGACAAAUAGAGACGCUAGUUCCCAGUGCCUUACAAUGACUGUAAAUAACCGAAGCAUUGGAGUACCGUCCACAGAGUAUUCAUCCUCUGUCGACGUAUCUAAUCUAAUCCUUGAGUCCUAUCAAAAGUUUGGCUUCAUUACAUCUGAGCACAUUGAGUCAAUGAGGAACAUCCAAAGACUGAAGGUUGUCCAGGGGCUUGAGGAUAGCAUGAGACGAAAUGUUGUAAGGACAAUCGGAGCUGAAAGCUCCAUCUUCAAUCAGAAAGAACUGGAACAGAUGUACGCUGUAUUUAAAGUGAGUCAUUUGCAAACACGUGGUCGGGUCCCAAGCCUCGAGACACGUGAUUCCAGUCAACAAUGGCAACAUUUACAAUGUAUUGAUCUAGAGGGAUUUAAACCAUUCUUCGUCAGCUUGACAGACUGGGGAAAUUGCGAGAUAUGUGAUUUAUUAUCUCUAAGAGCUUUUAAGGUGAUCACACAAGGCAAAAGUGACUUCAUUACUUUCAAACAACUCGUCGACACGCUGGGAAAAAUCUGCAAAGGCGACCUUCACGACAGGCUGAAGUUCAUGUAUAGCAUGCACGUUGAGCCCGCGAUCACCGACAGUUUAGAAUCAUACUGUGAAACAGGCAUAGAAAUCGAGGAGGGAAAGACCGAAACAUCCAGCGCCGAACAAACUGAAGCAUGUUGUGAUAAUCAAAAUAAGGAGACGCCAUUAAGCUCGAGUGCCAAGAGUAACGACAGYAAGAUACAAGAAAUCUUGCAGCAAAAUGAUGACACAGUCCAUCCGCCACCACUGAUGACCCAGGAACAGUUUAUUCAUCUAUGGAAGACAAUGUAUUCACUAUUUCGUGAAUUGCCGAACGAGCAACAAAUGUACCAAGCCAUMGCYACUGUAGGCAACAUUUUAUUAAAACUAGGCGAAUUCGGAACCGAAUACGGUACAUCCUCACCUUUUGAAAUCCCCGAAGACAACAUAGCUAAUAGCUUAGAUUCCGAGAAAUCUUCGGAAACUCCGAACCUACCCGAAGGCGUGACGACGUCUUCCGACCUGGYAUCGUCGGCCUUGUUAAAAGACGUUUUGGCCGAUGCUGCGCGAAGUAGUGAAUCGUCGUUGAGUAGCCCAGUACGAAGUACUUCGGGAGAAGACUUUGUGAUAGUACCGAGCGACGAUGGCUUCAGCAGCCCAGAACAACUUGACUUUGACAAGAAUGGUGUCAUGGAGAACUUGUCRAGUGUAUACAUAAAGUUACAAAAUACUGAACUGACUUCACCAAAYUUGAGUGUCACUGACGAGAACCCUGAAGAACAAUGCAACGAGCAAAGGACCCCAACRCAWGAAGAACCGGAAGUAGAUUUUGAUAAUGACGUCAUUGAGAGACCUUCUUCCGGUAUGCUGGACACUGAUUGGUCGAUAUCUUACGAGCAGUUUUUGGCAUCAAUGCUGACAGAGCCCUAUCUUGUACAUUAUUUUGAACAACAGAUCGAUGUACUAGAACGGUUAAAGCGCUUAAAGACUGAGGGACUAACGAGUUUUAAGAGCUCUUUGAAUUUAUUAGAAGGGGAGUAGAAAAUGUGCAGCAAUAUUGACUUUGGUUUUUUUUUUUUUGGUUAUUUUGCUUUAUUUCAUGGGGUAAACGCUAUUAAAUUUACACACUAAAACCA